GCAUCCUUUCGAGAUGUUUCACACUGUCAACAGAUUCCAGAACGGAUACGUAUAAAAGUAUGUCGAAAACUCCGUCCCGAUCAGUGUGUGUCUUUUUCUCACCGACAUCGUCAGUUUUCCAAACAGGAAGUCAAAAAAUGCCUAAAUCAAAAGCAACAUGGUAUCGUUAGAGCAUAUCAAGCUAUGAGUCUCGAGGGAAAUGAUGAAACAUAUAAUAUCUUAUCCGUCCAUGGAAAUUCGCGAUUCAAAUAGAAGCUAUUAGAUCACACGAACAGUGCAUCAGCUAAUCAAAUGGUUCAGCCGGCAGAUAAAAUGAGUGUAAAAUUGAAUCCAAAUCAUGUACACAAAACACACCUUAGGGGACUCGAUUGGAUGUUCGACAAGUUUUGUGGACACGAUUUGAAUAGUUUUCGGUCGUUUGAAAAUUUUUCCGCCCUCUUGUACCGCCGAACGGAUGGUGCCGCCCUUGGGGUGGCGAGGAUUAUGUUCGGGCUAAUGAUGUUGAUUGACAUUCCUGAGGAGCGCGGAGGAGGGAAUCUCGAUUAUCGAUGGGGCGAUCACAACGGUUGUAAAUUUCCGCUAAUCUAUGGAAUGGAACCUCCGAGCUAUCCGAGAAUGGGAAUUGUUUAUCUCAUUAUGUGGCUAGGGUCGUUGGGAAUAACUUUAGGAUAUAGGUAUCGUGUAUCGACAAUGAUGUUUGUCACUACCUAUUGGUAUGUGUUCUUGUUGGACAAAAGUGCAUGGAAUAAUCACAGCUAUCUCUACGGAUUACUUGGGAUAAUCUUCCUGUUUACAGAUGCCAACAGAUGCUUUUCUCUCGAUGCUAUAAGGAAUCAUAGCACACAGCAAGAUGUACCAUUUUGGAAUUAUUUCUUGCUGAAAUAUCAAUUUUUCAUUCUGUAUUUCCUUGCUGGAUUGAAGAAAAUGAAUGCAGAAUGGCUGUCAGGAUAUGCCAUGACCAAUUUGAGUUAUCACUGGGUAUUCUUCCCGUUCAGAUUGCUUUUAGGUGCAAAAUUCACUGACCUGCUUAUAAUCCACUGGUUUGGUUGCAUAUUUGACACGUUUGUAGUUUUCUUUUUGAUAUACGCACCAACUCGCAAAAUAGCCACGUUAUUUGCGUGUGCAUUUCAUUUGAUGAACUCUCGUCUUUUCCAUAUUGGCAUGUUUCCGUGGGUGUGUUUGGCGCAACUACCCCUAUUCUAUAGUGCACAUUGGCCUAGAGUUAUGCUGAAGAAGCCUCCCGAGUGGAGUGAAAGUGUAUCAAAAACGAAUCAACUCUCGAAGAAAAGGAGAAUGGUCACAUGUUCUGUGUUAUGUUAUUGCGUACUGCAGCUGUUCCUACCGUAUUCACACUCAUUAACCAAAGGAUAUAACAACUGGACAAAUGGUUUGUACGGAUACUCAUGGGACAUGAUGGUUCAUGCAUGGGAUACGGUACUCACCUCUAUCAAAGUUGUAGACAAUGCCCAGAACCAAUCACUCUACCUUCAACCGUACGCUUUCGUCGAUAACGACCGAUGGACAAAACAUGCAGACAUGGCUUAUCAGUUCGCCCAUUGCAUCGAUCGAAAUAUGCGUGAAAAAUCCGGAGCGCACCAAAAAGAAGCUUCAAACCAUUCCAUUUACUUCGAUAUUUGGUGUAGUCUUAACGGUCGAUUCCUGCAACGGAUAUUCAAUCCUGAAGUGGACAUACUAACGGCUAAAUGGUCUCCCUUCGAACCGGUACAAUGGCUACUUCCAUUGCUUCAUGAGUUCACCGAGAUGAGAACGAUGAUCCAAUCCGUCACCGAAGACGUCCAUUCGUGGAGUAACGAGUCGGAUGUUCUGUUUGUUGCUGAUUUCCCCGGACUCACAUUGGAUAACUACAUAGUACCCGAUAUGGAAAAUGUUACCCUAACCAUACUGGAGGGUAGUGUACAAUAUCGUCAUGCAGAUGAUCUGAAAUGCACACCGCUCACCAAAGGACAAAGUUUAAAGAUGAUUCCCCCAUAUUUCCACCACGUGAAGACUACAAGUGACACCCCAUCAUCAAUGGUGUAUACAUUUGUGAAUAAAACUAUGAAACACGAGAUUAGUGAAGGAAAAAUGGCAGACAGAAGCCAAACCAAAUCCAUACUGCCAUUAUGGCGGGAAUUCAGACAAAGAUAUGAAAAUUAUGUCAGAUUUUUCCACCAUAUGGGUAAUUCAUUACUCUACGAGAUAUAUGGGGUACCAAUGCCGAUACGAGUGAGGAUAACCCCCGACGAUAAUGCUUUAACGUUAGAAUAAACAAUAUAUCUUGUUCAAUUUCUGUUUUAUAGCAUACAUUCAGCUAUAUUAACGAAGUAGUAUCAUCUAUUGUGAUCGAUAUGAGCGGUGUUUAUUACCAUCUUAUUUUGAUAAAGUGUUUUAUAUUUUACAAUGGAAAUGUUCAUUCAAAAAUAA